UAAUUUUAAAAUAAAAAAGACAGGCAAAGGAAAAUUAUUAUUCUUCUCCUUCUCUCAUCACAACCGCCGCCACCACCAAAAUGAAGAAAGUUGACCUUGUCUUCAUCCCUGGACCAGGCGCAGGCCAUCUGGUUCCCCAUGUUGAGUUUGCAAAGUUAUUGUUAGAUCGAGAUGAUCGUUUCUUAGUGACUGUACUUCUUAUGGAUUCUCCUUUUGGCACUUCUCCUACACCUGCUUAUACGAAAUUACUUGGAGAAUCUAGUACGUCAAUUAGGUUCAUCAACCUUCUUCCUCCUCUAGACUUCUCUCCUUCACAAGAGGUUCAUAAAUCCUUCGAAAAGUUUAUGAAUGAGUAUAUAGAUUGUCAUAAAACUUGUGUUAAAGAAGCUAUUAUGAAGCACGCACUUUCCAGAUCUAACUCAGGCUUACUUGCUGGAUUGGUGGUUGAUUUCCUUUGUACAUCUAUGAUUGAUGUGGGAAAUGAACUUGGUGUUCCUUCUUAUUUGUUCUCCCCUUCUAGUGCAGCUGCCAUUGGUCUCUUGCUGUACCUUCCAACUCGACAUGAUGAAGUUGGAAGAGAAAUUGAGGAGUUUGAUGGUGAUUUGGUGAUCCCUAGUUAUGCUAAUCCAGUUCCAAGCAGUGGUCUGCCUGAAGUUUUGUUGAACAAGCGUGGUGGCUACACUACAUUUAUGAACCAUGGAAGAAGAAUCAAGGAGACCAAAGGGAUUAUUGUCAACACUUACGAGGAGUUGGAAUCUCAUGCGGUUAAGUCUUUGAUGAAUAAUUUUGAUGGUGCCCCACCUGUUUACACAGUUGGGCCGCUGAUCGAUCUCAAGACUCAAAGUGAAAAGUUACUUUUUGAUGUGAAAGAAAGAGAUGGAAUCAUGAAAUGGCUUGAUGAUCAACCUGAUUCAUCAGUAGUUUUCUUGUGCUUUGGGAGCCAGGGGAGCUUUGGAGAAGAGCAAAUAAAAGAAAUUGCGUUUGGAUUGGAGCAAAGUGAGGUGAGGUUCUUGUGGUCUAUGAGGAAGCCACCACCAAGGGAUCAGCUUGAAAGGCCUAGAGAUUACAAUAGUGAUCAUCCGCAGGAAAUUUUGCCAAUUGGGUUCCUUGAGAGAACAGAGGGGAUUGGUUUUGUGUGUGGAUGGGCACCGCAAAAGGAGGUGUUGUCUCAUAGAUCAAUAGGGGCCUUUGUGUCACAUUGUGGAUGGAAUUCAAUCUUGGAGAGCUUGUGGUUUGGUGUUCCAAUUGUGACAUGGCCAAUGUAUGCGGAGCAACAGGUUAAUGCAUUCCAAAUGGUAAAAGAUUUAGGACUGGCUGUGGAGUUGAGAUUGGGUUAUAAGGUCAUGAAUGGGGAAGUUUUGGCUGCAGAUGAGAUAGCAAGAGCUAUAAAAUGUGUCAUGGAAACUGAUAGUGUGGUGAGGAAGAAGGUAAGAGAGAAGAGUGAAAAGAGUAGAUUAGCAGUGAUUGAGGGUGGAUCUUCAUUUGCUGCAUUUGGACGCAUGAUUGAGGAUAUAUUAAGAAACAAAGUCAUAAAUUAGAUUUUUAUUGAAUCCUAGUUAAUCCUUAACGGUGUAUGAACUUGAUUCAUUUUCUAAGUUGACAAUGGUCUUUUGGUAUUUUACUUAAUUUGAGGUUUUUAAUCAAUUUAUGCUGAAUUGAUUUCUAUUCUCA